UCUCGGGAAGUUGCUUUGUCACUUGCUCGCGGUUGUUCGCGCCGUCGUCGUCGUCGUCGUUGCUGUCCGUUCGUCGCUUGUGAUAUUCUCAAAAACCGUCGCGGGAAAUUUUAGUGAGGUGCGCCGAGAUUUGACAGCACCACUAUCCGGUAUCCGGGUUUGAACGGUGUGCAGCAAAAAAAGUUAAUUACACGAUUGGUGUGUUUACUUUUGUUUUUUUUUUUACUGGUGCGUUUGAUUCAAUUCGCGUGAGUGAUUUUUGUUUUCGCCGUCUCUCGCAUGAGGCUUACCGUGAUCAACCGAUCAUCGUUUUGCGUACGCUCAAGCCGGCGGUUUCGAGGACGAACGAAACUAGUGCGUGUGUUUACUGAAAACAAGAACCCGGGUCCGUGUGCUCUCGUCUGUUGCAUUGUGGAUUGUGCCCGAAAGGAGAGAUUGAACGAACGACAAACAAAAUUGGUGGUGGAUUAAAUGUACAACCACCGGUCUAAGUGGACGGUUGCGGCAGGAGGCAAUGGAAAGGAAAAUUAAUUUCCACUAUCGUUAGGAUGAGACAUACGCCUGUGGAAUGUGAUGGUAACAAUUCGAUACGAAGAGUGUAUGCAAAAAAACGCCAUUUAGAAGCAUUUCAGUGAAUGAAACAAAGUGAGUGAAACACCUUUUUGCUUGUGGCGCUUAUGUCGUGCUUGGUGUGAGAACAACAUUCGAAAGGAAGAAAGCUUCAAUAUCAUUCAAAGCUGUUAACAGAUAAUCAUUGCCGAUUUGCAAGAGAUCAUAUCGGAAAAGUGGAGCAAGAUAGAUGGAAGUAAAGUUCAAGAUCAGUUGAGCGUUCGAAGUGAUCGUUGAUCAAAACAAAAGCCUUCAGGAACCUCGAUCCUUGGCAAACGAUCAGUCAAAUGUGUGUUUAAACGGUGUAUUGCUAGCCGAAACCUGAAAUAACAAGCAGUAACCAAGAUCCCGUGCCCGUCUCACAGCCAACGAAGGUAACGAAAGCUUUCGCCGCAUCAAACGAAAGCUCCGUAAAGCCCACGAAAAGAUCAGUCAAGGAACGUGUGAUGCAUGCGUGUGAUCUGAUGCAGUUGAGUAGAUUCAAGUCAAGUCAAGUGAGUUGAAGUUAAGAAAGUCCGCUAGAGUGCGCAUAAAAAGGGUGAACGAGGGAGAGAGAGAAAAAAACGGGAAAAGAGUGCAAUUCUGGUAAAGUGUGUCCUUUGGAUCCAGUUCUCUAGGCAGCAAGUGUUAUUUUCCCUGAAAGCAAGAUAAAUUUGAUUUAUUUUGCGUUCGCCUUUUGGUGGUAUUUGUGCCUCGUAAGUGUUUGUGUGACGUGUUGCGUGAGUGUGUGCUGAAAGAAAAAAAGCAAAAGAAAAAAAAAUAAGUGUGUGAUCCAAGUCGCUCGCCCUAAAAGUGACUACCGGGUGGGCGUCAAGUGUGCAAAUCGUGUGCAGAGGAAAAAGCAAUCACACAGAAAGUUGGAAAGAAAAUCGUUCCGAGCUGCCAGCACACGCGGUUGUGAACUAGCCGAACCGAUCCUUUGCAGUGGUGGUGAAGUUGUCGCUUCCUUGACGGGUUGCGGCAAAGAUAGAGAGUGCGAUAGGUGACCACGCAUACAACAACGGCCUUACAAUUCAUUUCGAUAAAGUGGCCUCGAUCGGCGCCAACACGCUCAACUUUACGGACCUGGGGAGCCCUUACGAGGGCCCCCCCAGCACACCCCAGUCCGGCAUGGAUGCGCCGGAUGCACCGCACACGCCGAAGUACAUCGACGGCGGUGCGACGGCAACCGCGCCCGGCAAAUCGGCCUUCGUCGAGCUGCAGCAGCAUGGGUACGGUGGCAUCCGGAGCGGUUAUCAGCAUUUUAGCGCACAGGGCGGUCAGGAUUCGGGUUUUCCGAGUCCACGCGGUGCCCUCGGCUAUCCGUUUCCACCGAUGCACCAGAACUCGUACUCUGGGUAUCAUUUAGGCAGUUACGCACCACCCUGCGCUAGUCCACCAAAAGAUGAUAAAUUAGAAGACACCGGUCUGCGGGUAAAUGGCAAGGGCAAGAAGAUGCGAAAACCGCGCACCAUCUACAGCUCCCUGCAGCUACAGCAGCUCAACCGAAGAUUUCAGCGAACACAGUACCUUGCGCUACCGGAGCGAGCCGAGCUCGCCGCCAGCCUCGGGCUGACGCAGACACAGGUUAAGAUCUGGUUUCAGAAUCGACGAUCCAAGUACAAGAAGAUGAUGAAAGCUGCCCAAGCGCCGGGCGUUGGAGGUGGACUUCCAUUGGGUGGACCGAACCAGGGAGGUCACAGUCCGUCACAGCACCAGAACAUGCAUCAAGCACCCGGUGGCGGAUCGAGCAGUGGUUCGCCUUCGCAUUUCCUACCUCCCGGACACAGUCCAACGCCGUCUAGCACACCCGUCUCGGAACUAUCACCUGGUCUUAGUCCGCCCUCGCAAGCACCCUGGGAGCAGAAACCGCCACCACAUUGGGCCGACCACAAACCACCACAGAUGGCACCGCAGACGAAUCAUGCACCUCCGCAACCGACCCAUGCACCGCAGAUGGGUGGCUACGUACCUCAGUACUGGUAUCAGCCGGAAACGAACCCGUCGCUGUUAACAGUGUGGCCAGCGGUUUAACAUAACGAGAAUGUAAAUUAUAAUUUUAACCAUCCCUAGUGCUUAAGACGGUAAGAAAUAACUCUCCUAGAUAAGUGGUUGGCAUAGGUAGCGAUCCUAUACUGCCGGCAUAAACCCUUAGAACAAAUGAACCGAAGGAAGCAAAAAAAAAACAAAAACAAAAGCGAUAAAUAAAAACAGAGCAGGAAAAAUUAAUCAUAAAUACAUUUAAACAACAAUUCAAAGAUGGCGACGCGCCAGACAAUUUAGUAGCUGGAAUGCGAAUCUCUCGUCUCCCCAACUGGGGCGAAUGCGAUCUCGCAAUCCUAAUUUUUAAUCCUGGCACGUGAUCUGUUCAUUUUAUAUGACGUUUAUAGGAAGAAGUAAACCGUAACAAAAAAAAUGCUAGUGCGCCACGCCGGAUAGGGCGUGUUAAUUGUAUUUCCUUUUUUUUCGUGUAGUAAUAUACUUGUUGCAGAAUGCAGUUUCGAUUUCGUAUCGGACAGCUUGAACAAACAGAAUGUGUAUAUUUGCGGUUUUUGUUCCGUUUUUUUGACAUAUGUUACUUUUAAUUAGCAAGUUUCGCGCCCUCUACCCAUGUGCGAAAAAUGGUGUUUUUUCUUUAAAAAAAAAAACAGCCCAGUGUGUUUUAAAUUCGCUACGGUAUACCUUUCCGGUUUGGAUACCGGCAGGGUGUUCCAAUGCAAGGAUCAAGUCGUCCAACACGUUCAAUGGUACAAUGGAAUAGGUUCUGUGCAAUAUUUCUUAAGCGUAAAACAAAUGCCACGUAUCCUUAGUGCACGUGUACGGGUUGGGCUUGAUGGCGAUCUUGUGGAUUGAUUAGAGCAACGAAAAAAAUCCACUGAAUCGAUAUGCGACUUGGUGUCUUCUAAAUUUAAUUACAAAAUUACACAGUGUCAGUUACUUAAGUUCUAGGUUUUGAAUUCCUGCCCACAAGUCAGUCAUUGCGCACAACACAUACUGUAAUUGGUACAAAAAAUUCACUAGAAUUUUCAUAAACAAAUGUUGAUUUGAAAUGAAAACCGAAAUCCUUCACCAACGUAAAUUGUAACUAAAGCUGAACAAAGCAUACCGCCAUUUUGAACCUAAACAAAAGUUAGAACAAGUGAUCAGCUACUAUUUAAAAUCCCCCAAAAACAACACACAGACACACAUUCAAUAUUGCUGUUAGCAGUUUUUUUUAACCGUAGAAAGCUUGUCAAUAAAAGAAGGAAAAAACACAUACACAUUUUGCCACAGAUCGUGCCCGUAGACACGCGAUCUCACUCCGUAUCGAGGUAGACCACAAAGAUGGCGUAAUGUUUGAAGCUCUCUCGUGCCGCUCCGGUUGUAACGCUGUGCAGUGUGGCAAACGUACCAAACGAAUUUACGAGCUGACGGACGUUUUAUACUGGCUUGAAAGCUUUAACGUCUGUCUGCAGCAAAAACGCCAAACCAAAUGUUUGGCUCAAUUUUAAAUGGUAAUUUUAUUCGCCGUAAACGAAACGUCUAGGAAGUGGUAGACAUUCGACCGAACGAGCGUUGAGAGUUUGCUACGCAUUGCACCUAUCACGUCUUGGGCACCGAUCUGGGAACCGAUCCGAUUGCCUCACGGAUAGAACGGUUUCGUUGAAAGCAAAAACCAAAACACCCCCAAAAACCCGCCAAAACGAGGGAAAAGCUUUUAUUUCAUCACACAGAGAGACAUACACACAGACAUAUGCAAAAGCACGAACAACAUGAUCCGGAAAGCUUGCGAUGAGCUGUGCUACUGUUUUUUUUAAACGUUUGUUUUUAGUAAGCCAAUUUUGUACAUAGCAGAUUUAAAACGCAUGUCCCUUUUUUAGGCAAAGGGACACCUAUACAUAUACGAACAGCUAUGCUAUAAAUAAAGAAACAAUAUUGACUAACAUUUGAGCGGCUAGAGAAUAAAGGUAUGUUAAGGGGGCGAAAGCUGCACCGACGGUAGCGCAUGAAACAUGAAAGUAUUUAAUUGAAAAUGAAACAUUUUAAAAACACAGCAAACUAAAACUUGAUGGCGUAAGUUUAAGGUAGUGAUAGAGAGAAAGAGAGAGCGUACUAGCAGUAGUAGUGAACGUGGUCAGCAAAAAGAACAAUUUGUAUUUCAAUGAAAAACAAAUACGAAUAAAAAAAAAUUGUCAAUGUGAAAAUAGAAAAACAAAAUGCGAAAAUCGAAACACAAAAAACAAACCAGUCAUAAAAUCAAACACCUGCAAAACCUACUGUCACCGAAAAACGGGAAAAAGGAAAAUGAAAAAAGAAAACAUGAAAAUAAGUAAAAAAUAAUCUCAAAGGUAAAAUGAAGAAAUUGUGUCUAAAAAACAAAAACUAGAAGCAAAAUUGCACAAGAGAUAAACCAGAAACAUAUUACAGAACGACACAAAACAAAGAGGAAAUAAGAGGAGAAAACAAACGUUUUAAUGCUGUGACCGAAGCUAGCACAAGUGUUUAGUUUCAAGUGAACAUAUAAAACAAAACGAAUUAAACAAGUAAAAUUCGAAAUGAUAAAACAAAAAUCAUCAACCAACGAGUUUGUUUUCUCGCGCUCUAUAUUCUUCUUUGGACUUUUUCCUUAAAACAACCAACCCGCCCCCCUCCAACCCAAUCCCACUUUUAGCGUGUAAGGUGCGUAUUUUGUUUUUAUUGUUCUUUUUUUUUGUUUUCUUUCGACUUAUCUGCAUAAGCUGAAUGGUAAUGUAAUUAAACGAAUCACACACACAGACACAACAAAACACUACAAAAACGGAUCAAAACCAAACAGAUUCCAACGCGGUGUCGUUGCAACGGAUGCAGCAGUGUUGAGCGCGUACAGUAGGAUGCGAUUAGGUGAACAUUGUGUAUGUAUAUUUGCAAAAUUUAAAAGAAAACGAACAAACAAACGGUAUUAAAGAUUACUAUGAAAAUCGAA